GUAAGUUUCUUUUUACAUGUCCCAUAGAACUGAUUGCUGAAAUGUUCUAAUUAAGGAACGUCGUGGCAUUCACGAUCCCAACAUGAAGCAAAGUAUGGAGAAGUGGGGUCUCGAGAAAAAAUGGCUUAUGAUAAAUCAGGAGCUACAGGCUGAAUUACUGGUAUCAGGAGCGAAGCCAAACAAGAUUAAAAUUGCAAGUAGGGGUAGUAUCGAUAUAACCACAAAACAACAGCCACCCUCCAGCCGCAGUAGCAUUGAACUACAGCCACAAAAAUCACUGUCAACACCUACACGUAUCAUUGAUAGGCCUCAUGCGAUCAUUACCACUAAUUUGAAUGCAAGCCAUAGUACCAUCACUUCCUCAUCUGGCGCGAGAACGCCUUUAAGAUCAAAAAGCAUCUCUCAAUCACCCAUACAUACCGGUUCAAAAGACCAUUUUUUUAAUGCAGAGACAUCUGAUCAGAACUCACCUGAAUUCUUUAUCAAAAAGUUUUUGGAUCCAAACUUGCGUUCAGUGACAACAGCUAUUGCUGCAAGAUUGGAAGUGUCACUAAGGACACGAUCUAUAGAUUGGGUCUCGAAAUAUAUCCAACUAAAGGGGUUUCAUGUACUCUCUUAUGCCCUUGAUUUCUUAAAUCAUACAACCGAAUAUAGAAAAGAUGUUACACUAGAACUAGAAGUGGAAAUUGUCAAAUGUAUCAAGGCUAUCGUCAACACAAAGGCAGGCAAAAAGGAAGCCAUGGACCAUCCAGAAUACAUCCAUACUGUCAUAUUCUCAAUACUCUGCCCACAAUGGCAGACAAAAAAAACCGUAUGCGAGUUACUGGCAUUCUUAUGCUACUCUGAUGGAUAUGAACAUGUCGUACAUGGAUUUGAAAAGCUGAGGAAAUUUAGGAAGGACUUGGGCUUAUUCGAUUCAUGGAUGAAAGAUUUUGAAAGAACGAUUACAGAUAGAGGGCGCAGGAUACCCGGAAACCAUCUAAUAGAAUAUGCUAUAUCUAACAUGAUUCUAGUAAAUGCAUUAAUCAAGAUACCCGCGGACGUAAACAACCGCAUCUAUAUGGAAAAUCAGUUCAAUGCAUCUGGCAUACAAUCCAUUUUACCCAAACUAAGGAUAUUAGAAUAUGAUUUAUUAAAUAUUCAAAUCGAAACAUUCAAAGAGACAUUGGAUGCCGAUAUGGACGAAGCCUUUGGUGAAGACAUGUCACUGGCUUCUGAUGUCUCACAGCCACAAGAAUUAUUUGAUCGUGUGAUUGAAAGCAUAUCGGAAGCACCACGAGCAUCAGAACAAUUCUUGUAUGUGCUCAAGUAUCUCUUAUGGAUUCAUGGUAAUCCAGAUACAAAAUAUUAUUAUUAUCGCAUGAUUCAAAUCAUCAUUCAGCAGAUAGUCAUGGAUAGAAGAGAUCACGAAAACACAGAUAGCUUUUCUUCAACCUUUGGCUUAGCUGUAGGCACUGUCAUCCAAAGUUUUAGCGAACUGGAGCGAUUAAAGGAUGUGGAGAGCCAAUUUGAAUAUUUCAAAAGACAAUAUGAACAGAUAUCGGCCGAGAAGGAAAGCUUACUCUCGGAGGUCGCCAAGCUACGAAUUCUUCCUUCUCAAUUAGAGUUUGACAGCAUGAGCCGACGUAUGAACGAACUAAAAGAGGAAAAUGACUCUCUGAGAGAUCUGUUGAGGACUUCAAAAGAAACAAUUGCUAUGCUCCAAUCCCGAUUGGUACAAGAAGAAGGUUUGCGAAAAGACCAAGCGUCUGAGACAACUUCAAUUUCGAAAUCUCCCAGGCUUGGUAAAGGAAUUAUCACCUCUGGUAGUUUCAUGUUUGGAAAUAUAUUCCUACCAUUGUUUAGUAAAAGACAUGGGCAUAAGGAUAGGAAAAUACAUAUUGAUACCCAAUCGCUUGAACCAGUAGAUUCAUCAUCCACAGAGGCUUCUUCCAACAGAGGCUCGGUGUAUUCUUCUUGUGGAUCCGUGGAACAAGGUCAACCAUUGACACCUCCUUCUAUACCACCUCCACCCCCUCCUCCACCUCCUCCUCCUUCAGCUGCAGGCGCCCCUCCUCCACCUCCACCGCCUCCACCACCACCUAACUCAGGACUUGCUCGUUCAAAUAUUCCAGCACCCCCUCCUUUACCACCAACACUUGGACAAGCACGACUUCCAUCCGCUCGUGUCCCAGAACCACCUGCUGUCGUCCCUCCACGCAAAGAGUUACGUCACUAUCCCAACAUCAAGCUCAAGAAUCUUCAAUGGCAAAAGAUAGAUGCAAGAUCCACUUAUCAGACUCUAUGGAACAUGGACAGUGAACGCCAUGCGAAACUAGAAGAUAAACUGGACAAGAGCGGCGUAUUUCAUACGAUUGAAGACCUGUUCCCAGCCAAAGCCAAUACGUUUCUUGAAAGAAAGCUUCAGUCCAAAAGAAUGGAUACUGAAAAUGACUCUAUUAAGUUCUUGACAAAGGAAAAGAAUAGAAAUAUCAAUAUUGCCAUCUUGCCACAGAUAAAACAGCUGGGAUCAUUCAAGGCAACACAACAGCACAUUCUCGCUAUGGACGACAAAUUGUGUACAGAAACCUUUUUGAUCAACUUGAUAUCCUAUAUACCCCAUAAAGAAGACAAUUUAGAUCUUAUGCAAAAAUACCUCAAGGCAUCAGAGGACGAGUGUGCCAAGCUUGAUUUACCCGAACAGUUUACGAUUGAGAUGAUGAAGAUUUAUCGAUAUGAAAUUCGGUUAAAGUACAUGCUCUUUAGAGUGCAGUUUUGGGAGCGAUUUGAUAGAUUGAAGACAAGUCUGGCUACUGUCUUGAGAGCAUGUGACGCAUUACAUGACUCAGAGGCUCUAAGAGAGUUAUUGUCCAUCAUUUUGAUGCUGGGCAAUUACAUGAACUCAUCGAGUCUUCAAGGAGGUGCAUUUGGUUUCAAGAUUGCUAGUAUCAAUAAGCUCAUUGAUACCAAAGCAACUGACUCUUCACAGUUGACCUUGCUUCAUAUCGUGAUUGGUGUUGUACGUACACAGUUUCCUCAUGUAUUGAAAUUUACUGAAGACAUCAAGGAUGUGCCACAAGCAGCACGAAUUAUGUCGAGCAUUACUGAUAUUGUUCAAGAAUAUACAGAUAUGCGCCAAGGACUCAAGCAGCUCGGAAUAGAACUCGAUGCUCACUGGAGGGAAAAAGGUAUUGAUUUCAAACGAGACAGAUUUUAUGCCGUCAUGACAGAGUUUCGUAACUCCGUCAUGGAACGAUUUGAGGAGAUUGAGGCACUUUACGUCAACAUGGAUGUCAAGUGGAAGAACGUCAUGAUUUACUAUGGAGAAAACCCUCAGACGAUGAGACCUGAUGAAUUUCUUGAUAUAUUUGCUCGAUUUCUUUCCAACUGGAAGACGUGUGCUCUUGAAGAGUUACAGUACGCAGAACGAAAAGAACGAGAAGAAAGGCGAUUGCAGGAAUUGGAAGAAAGACGACUGAGAUCGCUACAGUCAGCAAAGGAUACGUAUAUGGCACAAGAACAGCAAUGUGAAGAAGGUUUACUUGUAGAUGACCUCUUGGCUAAGCUUAGAUCAGGCGAAUCGCUGACUAAAACGAGAAAGAGCCGUGUUCGUAAGAAGAAUAUGAAACGUCCAGAGUCAUCUUUCAAGGCAAGAUUUAGCGUCUCUUCUGCUACUUCUUCACUUCGCAGAAAUAGUACAUCGACUAUCAAUUCCUUGAUGCCCAUCUCUGCUGAAGACUUAUUACGUACCUUGCAGCAAGAUGAAGAAUAAAUAAAUAAAAGCUUUUGAACCUGAUGACACAAUUUUGUAACAAGCUGUUGUGUGACGGAAGCAGGAG